GAUGAGGAACGUAACGAAGAGAGUUAUCAGCUUAUGGUAGAAAAACAGCAAGAGAUUUGUAGAGGUAACUAUCCAAGUAAAAAGUCACCUUAACCAGGACAAUCGUAAACUGACAGAAGAUUUAAUAUGGUGAUGGAAAACUUGUCAGUUUUUUUGUAGGAUACCUUGAUGUCACUAUAACUUAGUUAUGUUAGACCCGGUAACGAGUUGAAGUAUGAUUGAUUUUCUCCGGACAAUAUUUGCUCCUGAGUGAUUUUACAUUUGGCAAUAUACUAAUUAGUUUUACUAGCAUCAUCCCUAUGAGCAAAUAGACUGCUUUAUAUAAAGUUGUUAUUACCUAUGUAUUUACUUCCAUGUUUUUUCGAAAGUUAAACACAAAAGAGCAAAAUGGGACAUGGGUGUUAGAGAAUAAAGAGCAGAAAUUAUAUCGUGACAAGUUCUCGUCUUAGUCUGCAACCAUUUGUUAAAAUGAAAAUCAUUUCCUUUUCGUUGGAGAGUCGUCCAAAUUUGUAUUUACCUUUGUACUGUUUGGUUCAGUAUCAUCCCUUCAAAUCAAUUCUUUCCUUUUAAAAGGCAUGUCUCGGACAAAUGAAACAUUUAGAGGAAACUCAGGCCCGCGGACAGAAUUUUUAAGAUACUUGGAUUCUCUCCCGGGGAAUAUUCCCUUAAAUACACUGUAAGCCACAUAGGUAUGUGCCACCCCAAAGGAUAUGGUUUUUGAGCUUUUUCGGUCUAAAAACCGGUAUACACUUUGCUCGUUUUGGUAUGGAAUUGGGUAUGGUUUUCGAGGGAAAAAACGCGGUAUAAGAACGUAUUUGUCGUUUUAAUUCCAAAUUAAUGAAUAAGAAAGAAAAAGAAAUAUUUGCUUAUUCUUUGACAUAAUUUCUGCCUAGAGACCAGGACUAAAAAAAGGCGUGGAGAAUGUCAUUUUUUUCGUCUGAAAAAAGGCCAGGAGUUAAAGAACAGGGCGGCUCGAACCCCCACCAAGAAACCCCAGGAGCAUUCCCCCCCCCCCAGAGAUUUUCUUCAAGUAGUAAAUAAUGCAAAAAACGGUCACGGUUUACAUACUAGGGCUAAAUGGAAACAACGUGCGGACCGAUUACGAAAUGAUUCUAAAACGCAAGUGCCUGCUGUAGCAACAGUUCCGGCUCCGGCCCUUAACUUACCAGACUUACCACCAUCUUUCUCUUUCCUUGCAAUUCUUACAACUUACUUCAAUGAAUUUACGACUAUAUAUCUUUCUCAGUCCAACACAUAAGACAAAAACAAAUUUCCUCGCUUUGAGUUAGAUAAUCAAUAAAGGGUUAGGAAUUAUGUACUAGCUAAGGAAAAACGGCUUGUGUUAGGUAAUCACUGAUUUCGAAAACCUAUUACGAUAAAAUUUUGACUGCCAGAUAAAGAGUAUUUCAAACAAAUCGUAUCCAACUUCUUCUUUAAAGAGUUCUUUGUUAUGCUUUAACUAUUGUUUUUGUCUUGUUAACUCACGUAGGCGAACAAUAUAACAGAAGUACAGUCAUUAAUUGCUAAGUGCGGACCCAACUAAAUCGGACGAUUUUGAAAACGGUAAGUACUUGUAACAACUCCGAUCCCGAUCUUUUGUUAGUGACUUUGUGAACUGACUACUCAAGACUUACUCAGGUUCUCAGACUACAGACUUUGCAAAAUGGCUCAUUUGGUAACUCUUUUCCUCUUUACUUUUUACGCAGUCAUCCAGGCGAGUCAAAAUCAGUCAAAAUCGCUGAAAAUACCUUUUUGAAGGCAAAAAGACGACAAUAUUAGGUAAGGUAGGUAAGGUAGUACACUGUUUAUUUAACAUUUAUCUAUAUACAUAGUUGGCGAUAUAUUGCUACUGUAGCUUACUGUAAAGAUGAAUUCGAAGCAAACUCAUUUACCAACUAGCAGAUUGUGUGGGUAACCUGUGGUAUAGACCACGAAGGAAGUCCUCGUCCCAGGGUCUACUUGUGUCCCGGCCAAUAUGGCGGCUUGGAGCUGUUGGGUUGGAUCUUCCAUCGCUCACAGAGUCAGUCAUCAGUGUAGCAGUGCAAACCUAAUUUAAGCUUAAAAGUACCUACAAAAAUUUCAAGAAAGGACUCUGCAACAUAAAAACCAAAAUACCCAAGAAUUAGAAGGUCAGGACAGACAAAAAGGUAUACAUAUUUACAAGGGGCUCCCAACGACGAUUUCCUCCUAAUUGCGUUGAAAUUAUGAAAGAAUUCUCCUUAUCGAGUAGAUGGCUAGGAUGUAUUCAGGCUUUAUCUUUCGCACCUUCCUGUAGUUCCCAAAGAAGGCGGCUCAAAACUCGAAGUAGCCAGUUUUUAGCUAGCCUCCCCGCAGACGUCCUUUCGGGUUCGUUUGUCACGCAUUCAUUUCUCCCCCAGAAAUGAAUGCGUGACAAACGAACCCCAAAGGACGUCUGCGGGGAGGCUAGUUUUUAGCCGGCUGCCGGCACUUAAUGAGAACCUUGUAGACUACAGUACUUUUAAAUCUCUUAGAAGUGCAUUCUAAGCGGGCCUAUAAAAUUUGUAUCUGUUCGGUCAUCCUAGGGGAACUUGAGGCUUUUCGAAAUUACAAGGGCUUCAUUUUUAUUUUCCAGAAAGUAUGAGACCGUAAGUUAAUUAAGUUCAUUUCUUUAUCACCUAGAGAGAUGCCAUCAGAUCGGAGGCACAAUUUAAAAGAUUUGACCAACAAGAAACAAGAAAGGUAAAUACAAUAUUAAAAUAA